AUGUAAAGCAGGUAAGUAAUGUGUUCUGUCGUUGACGGCAGCCAACCAGCCCUGGCAUUGUCUGCCGUUAGAGCCAUGUGCUUCGGUUAGCUUUCGCCACUGAAACCCCGAGAUCUUUGGCAUGCUUGCUCAUGUACAUCCGAGGCGUCACAACCGACCUCAGGCGACUACAACCGCAGCCCGUCAUCAGCACCACAGCAUGGAUAAAGAAGAGUCUGAGGGCCUCACACCACGAGGAGACGACGAAAAACAAGAGAGAUUGUAUUCUAGCUCUCCAUCUUCCGGUAGCGAUAAUGAGGCGGAAGAUGUUGCGAUAGAGUCUCUUGUAGCCGGUCGCGCGAAACGUUCAACUGCCGGCAACAGACUCUCUUCUCUUUUAGAUCAUGAGGUUGACGAUGAAUAUGAGCUUCUUUUUGCUGAAGAUGAGGAAGACGUGGAAUUUGAGGGAGAAGGAGACGAAGAAGCAUCAGAUGUUCAACUCGAAUCCUCUUCAGAGGACGAUGAAGACCAAGGCCCUGUAGGCGGUGAGGACGAUGACUUUGAAGGCGAAAAAGAGCUUCAAAGGGAAGCAAGAGCAGAGCGACUGGCUUCAAAGCGAAAAGCAAAGGAGGCUUUUCUGAAGCCGCCGGCCCUUCGCAAACACCCAAGGGUUGAUCGUGCUCCAGGAGCAGAAGACCAGCUUUCUACUCCCGCGCCACGACCGAAGAAGAAGUCCGAAAGAGUUUCAUGGAUACCCGCGCCUGACGAAGGACCAACACGCUCAUCCUCCAGGAAAUUGACAAUGCAGAAUAAGGAGGUGAUUCAUGCACGCAUGAAGGAGACUGAGAAGCGCAGGCUACAGCAACUUGCCGUAAUGGAAGCAGCCGCGCGAAGGAGGGAGACGCAGAAGCCCAAAGCCAUGACGCAGGCUGACCGACUUGCUGAAGCGGAGAAGACAGAAAAGCUGAACAGCAAGAGCUUGAAUAGAUGGGAGGAGAUGGAAAAGAAACGCGCCGAAGAGCAAAAGGCGCGGCUUGCUGCCUUACAAAAUCGUCACUUGGAAGGGCCUGUCAUCACCUGGUGGAGCGGUCCAGCCCGCUGGGUUGAUGGAAAGCUCGCACAAUUUGGAAAGAAAAUUAGAAUUCAUUAUCCAGAAGAUCCUAAUAGCAAACCGCAACCUACAACAGGUCCUACUCCGUCAAUACCUCCCGUGACGACGCCAACACCAUCCGCCGAGGCCUCGCGUGAAAACCCACAUUCUGCACCUGAACAACAAUCCCCCAAUUCAGAGGCAAAGUCGAUUUUAAAUCCAACGGACAAGGAUGCUCAGAACACCGAACCGAUGAUCGAAGUAUCUCCAACAGAGUCGCGCGAGGGCAUACAUACCGCGGUCUCGGUACCAGAAAGCAGUCAUCAACAAGGUUUCCAUUCCGUCUUGCAACAGGAUCCAGAGAGGAGCAUGUCUUCAGCAACGCUAGUUUGUCCAGACGCCACGAUCCCCGCAACAAAGCAAGAUCCGCCCGUUGUUGAACACUCUGCGCGCAACCUGGUUAUCUUGGAAAAUUUCGACCCUCUUGCGGUCCGAGAGCGGGAGUUGCAACGACGUGUGCUGUUAAAACAGAAACGCACAUUAGGAAAAUUGCAGAAGCCUGUACAUGAACUCUGUGUCAUUACGUCGCAACCCGCAAAGUACCGCGACCCGGCUUCUGGGCUUCCCUACUUGAAUUCUUACGCGUACCGGAAGAUUCAGAAGCUGCAAGGCGGCAGUUGUCAGUGGAGUAGUCUUCUCGGAUGUUAUGUGGGGCAGACUGGCGUGGCAGCUCGAGGUGUCCCCGAACGUUUCGCUUCCACUACGAAUGCGGGCGCGCCACCUCCGACCGAAAGCAAAGUGGGUUGA